AUGACCGAAAAAGUCGAUAAACUAAUUUAUGAUGCUCAAGUAUUUAUGGAGAUAUUUCAACAAUCCUUUGACUCCAACACUGCUGCAUCUAACGAAGUCAUUUCUAGCUUGAGCACUUCUCUGAACUCCGAAAGGGCUAAAUUUCAAGAUAUUUGCAAUGGUCUCAAAGAUGACUAUGAUAAGUUUCAAUCUUCAAUUACUUCUCAACUCUCUAAGCUUAAAGGGGAUUUGGAGAUGGAAAGGAAAGUCAUGGAUGCCCUUGCCAUCAAGACGGAGAAAGUGAAAACUCUUUCUGUUAAGCUAGAACAGUUUGAGAAACAAGUCCAAGAUCUAUUGUUAGAAAAGGCAGUCAUAAAAAGUUGUAUCACUGAUGUCACUGUCUUUCUUUCAUAUCUCAUUGAGGCCAGGGAUUUGAUUAUUCCAAUCACUAUGCGAAAGUAUCUGAGUGAAAAUAUAAGGCCAACAUUCACUAUUCUUCAUCGCUUGGAGGGUGUUCCGGAAUCCUCUAGCAUUCUGAAAAAAGUGGGAGAUCAAAUACAGCCAACUUCUGAGAAGCCAAAACCUGCUGUUAAGCGUAUGCCUAUUCUUAAAAGCGAAACUAAGCCAAAGGAUAAAGACAAACUUUUCUCUGAUGAUCCCAUCAUUGAUAAUGAAGAAGAAGAGGAUCUUGAUGAAGCUGAACGUAAAUAA